AUGGCCAAGAAAGGUGGCAAGAAGGGAAAGAAGGGUGGCGCUAAAGCCACUGCUGCCGCUGCUGUUAAUAAGGUCACCGACAAGGUCGAGAAUGUUGUACACCCCACCGACGAGACCAAGGCCGAUGAGACCAAGACCGAGGCCGUUGACAAGACAGAAGCACCUGCUGAGUCGACCACCGAGAGUGCCGCUGUGCCUGCUGUGACUGAGUCCAAGGCAGAGCCCGAGACCGAGAAGAAGGUCGAGGAGCCCAAGGAGACAAUUCAGGCGCCCGAAACAUCUGCGCCGGUGACAGAGGCUAAGAAGGACGAGAGCGCAGUGCAGGAUGCCGUUGACAAGGUCCAGGCCUCCAAGGCCGGCCAAGUCAGCUCCUUGGAUGACGGCGAGGCACAGGCCAACACUAUCCUCCCGGAGAGCAGUGUUAAGGAGACCAGCCUCGGCGCAGAGACCUAUCCCUCUACCACCGAGACCUCCGCCGAGGAGUCUGCCAUUCCGGCCGUCGCAACUGGCGCCACCGCGCCCACCUCGAUUCCCGAGCGCCCCAAGACCGCCGAAUUAAGCAAAGCUCCUGCACCCGUCACAGCUGAGCCAGCCAAGGCCUCUGCUCCUACCACAGCUGCCGAGCCUGUGAUCACUCCGACCGAGACCGCCGAGGCGGCCCACACCAAGCGUCCGUAUGAGAAGCCUAUCUUCUCCAAUGACGAGGUGAAGCCCCCCAAGAUGGCCCGGACUGAGGAGGAGGCCGCCGCCGCUGACAAGGAGAAGGCUUUGGCCGGUGCUGGCCCUGCUUCGACUGCUGCGUACACCGCUCCCGAGCCUGUGCCUGCUACCACCCCUGCCGCCGAGGCCCCUAAGAAGGUCGAGAGUGCCCCCAAGGAGAGUGCUCUCAAGGAAAGUGCCCCCAAGGAGAGCGCCCCCAAGGCUAACCCCGACGCCGUUGCCGCUGCCAAUGCCGCCAUCAACACCUCCAAGGCCGACAAGAGCGCCUUCGCUGGCCCAGCCGAGUCCGAGGUGAAGAAGCCCGAGGCUGCGAUCAAGCGCGGACAAGAGCCCGAGGCGCCCCAGACAGAGACUGCGCAGGAACAACCUGCCAAGGAGACCAAGGCCGACGAGCAGACAGCAGAGCAGCAGGCGACCGAGAAGAAGAAAGGCGGGUUUUUCGCGCGGUUGAAGCGUAUGUUCAAGUGA